AUUAUCCUCACUCCGUCUCCCGGAACUACUACUGAUCUGCUCCACGCUUAUCCCUUGCAAUACAUGCGAUGGCCUCUUCCGCGCACUCCUACGUUGACCCAGAGAAACCUGCACCCUACGCCGGAUCUACCGAAAAGGAUGCUCGCUCGAAAGAUUUCUCUCAUGACCCAGAGCUACUCGCCGGCGAGCUGCAAGAUUUCGAGGAGCUUGAAGUCUUUCGCAAAGAUGGCGAAGUCGACUUUCGAACGGUCAGCUGGCCGCGUGCGACGGUCAUCUUUUUGAAGAUCAUCUUCGCGACCGGUGUGCUGUCCAUUCCGACAGCAAUGGUCUCGCUGGGCGCUGUUGGCGGAGCACUGAUUGUCAUAGCUUGGGGCGUUAUGAAUACUUACACGGCUGUCAUACAAGGGGACUUCAGAAAUAAGCACGCCGGUUGCCAUUCCAUCGCAGAUAUGGCGAUGCAGGUUGGAGGUGUAUGGGUGAGGGAGAUAGUCGGGUUCUUGUUCGUCAUAGCCUACGUGCUGUGCACGGGAAGCGGUAUUGUCGGCGUCACAGUAGGACUCAAUGCUCUAUCACACCACGCGGCUUGUACUGUAUGGUGGGGUCUCAUUGCCACAAUCGUCGUGGCUCUCGCUGCAUCCGUCCGAAAAUUCCAGCAAAUCGGGUGGUUGACGUGGGCUGGCUUCCUGAGCAUCUUUGCCGCCGUCAUGAUUGUCACCAUCGCUGUAACAUUUCGGGAUCGCCCUGCAGCAGCCCCCAUCACUGGAGACUACGAUCUCGGAUACUACGUUGUGCCGUCCGGGGUCUCAUUCGCCGCGGGAGUCGUCGCGUCUUCCAACAUCUUCGUUUCGUCUGCCGCCACGAGUGCUUUCUUGCCAGUCAUAUCCGAGAUGAGAAACCCAAGAGAGUACCGCAAAGCUCUGUAUGUAUGCAUGGGCCUGGUCACCGCAGCGUACCUCUCCGUGUCUCUGGUCGUGUACCGCUGGUGCGGGAAAUGGGUUGCUUCACCUUCUCUUGGAUCGGCUGGACAGACCGUGAAGAUGAUCGCUUAUGGCAUCGGUUUAAUCGGUCUGGUCGUCAGCGCCUGCAUCUAUCUACACGUGGCUGCGAAAUACCUGUUCGUAAGGAUCCUGCGAAACAGUCGCCAUCUCCAAAAGAACACAAUCACUCACUGGUCGACAUGGCUUGGACUGACAUUUGGUCUCGCUUUCCUCUCGUUCAUCCUGGCUGAAGCAAUUCCAAUUUUCAACUAUCUGCUCGCGUUGACGGGAUCUCUCUGCUUUGCACCUAUCGCCAUCGCUCUUCCAGGAUGGCUCUGGUUGCACGACCAUAUGCAUUUCAGAAAAGGCAGCUCUGGCCAGCAAAUGGCUUUCUGGUUCCAUGCAGCCUUCAUUCCACUCGGAGCAUUUUUCUUCGUUGCUGGAACUUAUGGAGUCGUCCAAGAGAUCAUUGCUGCUUAUGCGGAUGGGCAAAUCGGUUCUGCCUUCUCAUGUGCUGACAAUUCUGGUUCGACUUGA